GUUUGGAGUAUGUGUUACCUGACGACGGCUGCUCCAACAGGCCUCCUCGGGUCCUUGUGCCAGAUGAUGGCAGAGAACCGUGACCUGGACCAUUUGAACCGACUCUUGGAGUCUGAAGAGGAAAUGGAAACCUUAAAUACAAAAACAAAUCUGACAAGACAUGGCGGACGCUUCAGCCAAAAGACAGGAGUCCUUCACUUGUUCAGUUUGUCUGGAUCUACUGAAGAAUCCAGUCUCCAUUCCAUGUGGACACACGUAUUGUUUGGGCUGCAUUGAAGGCUGCUGGGAUCAGGAGGAUGGUAAAGGCAUCUACAGCUGCCCCCAGUGCAGACGGACAUUUAGGCCGAGACCUGCUGUCAGUAAAAACACUCUGAUUGCUGAGAUGGUGGAGGACUUCAGGAAGACUGGACUCCAGGCUGCUGCUGCUGCUCAGUCUUCUGCCGGACGCAUACAGGUGGAGUGUGACGUCUGCACUGGGAGAAAACUCAAAGCCGUCAAAUCCUGUCUGGAUUGUCUGUUGUCUUACUGUGAAAGUCACUUCAAAGUUCACAAUGAUGUGAAUCCAGGAAGAAAUCAUUCAGUGGUUGAUGCUACAGGCCAGCUACAGGAGAGGAUCUGCCCCCGUCAUCAGAAGGUGUUUGAAAUAUUUUGUCGUACUGAUCAGAGGUUUAUCUGCUACCUGUGCACGAUGGACGAACAUAUAGGCCAUGAGACAGUCACCGCUGCAGCAGAACGGACCGCCAAACAGAAGCAGUUGGGGCAGACCCAGAGGAGAUUCCAGCAGAGGAUCCAGGAGAGAGAGAAGGAGCUGCAGGAGCUGAGGAAGGCUGUGGAGAAUCUCAAGAUCUCUGCACAGACAGCAGUGGAGGACAGUGAGAGGGUCUUCACUGAGAUGAUCCGCUCCAUUGAGAGAAGGCGCUCUGAGGUGACAGAGCUGAUCAGAGGUCAGGAGAAGGCUGAGGUGAGUCGGGCUGAAGGACUCCUGAAGAGACUGGAGCAGGAGAUUGCUGAGCUGAAGAGGAGAGAUGCUGAACUGGAGCAGCUUUCACACACAGAGGAUCACAUCCAUUUCCUCAAGAAUGUUGUGUCAGUCACUGGUGCUCCUUGCAAUACAGUUUCAGCCAGCAUGACCUUCAGCAAAAGUUUCUCUUUUGAGGCUGUGAAGGAAUCUGUCUCCCUAAUGAAGGCGCAGCUUAAUGACAUCGUCGAGCAGGAAGAAGCCAAGAUAUCUACAGCAGUGGCACAUAUCCAGAUCAUCCAGUCUUUACAAUAUACUGAUCCUGAACUCCCAGUCAGAAGAACAAGCAGUAAUGAGGUGCUACCACCAUUCAUGUCUGAUGUCCAGGCUGUUUUUACUGAGCCAGUAACCAAAGAGGAGUUCUUAAAAUACUCCUGUCACUUCACACUGGAUCCAAACACAGCACAGAUAAACCUCCAUCUGUCUGAGGGGAACAGGAGGGUGGAGUACAGAGCUGAGCUCCAGUCAUAUCCUGAUCAUCCAGAGAGAUUUGAUUUUUGGCCUCAGGUGCUGUGUAGAGAGGGUGUGUCUGGACGCUGCUACUGGGAGUUGGAGUGCAGUGGGCAGGAGGUUGAAAUAGCCGUCUCAUAUAAAAGCAUCAGCAGGAAAGGAGGGGGUAAUGAGUGUGUGUUUGGAGGUAAUGAUCAGUCCUGGAGUCUGCAGCGCUACGGCUCCGGCUCCAGCUGCUCUUUCAUGCACAAUAAUAAACCGACUAGGCUCCCUCUAGUGGCCAGCUCCAGAAUAGGAGUGUAUGUGGAUCACGGGGCAGGAACUCUGGCCUUCUACAGCAUCUCUGACACAAUGACCCUCCUGCACAGAGUCCAAACCACAUUCACUCACACACUCUACCCUGGGUUUUGGAUAUAUACUGGAUCAUCAGUGAAGCUGUUAUAACACAAACUGUAUACAGCAGGACAGAAAUGUAAAGACCCCAGAUGCAGAUAGAUGCUGUUAUCACAUACACACACACACACACACACACACACACACACACACACACACACACACAUAUAAAAAACACCCCGUAUCAUCAGCACACAUAUAAGCCACCCCUCACAUGUUAAGAUCUGGCAGCUUCCUCUUAGCUGCCUGAGACUCUGUUCUUGGGGAAAACAAAAGUCCAAAACCACUCCCUCAUCUCUGGAGCCCAGCAGUUAUUGCACCUCUGCUGGAACACACAUCAGCGCACCACACAUACACUAUUGGGUGGGAAAUGUGUUGAUGAGCCCAGUGUUUCACCCCCUCUGAUCCUCUCCCACAAUCCAUUUCCUCUCCCUCCUGCUCCCCCUAACCCUCCUUCCCCUCCCCCAGCUGUUCAGGCCUUUAGGCCCUCUCUGAUUGGACACAUGUCUGAUGGAAGGUUGAAAGUGAAGUUUAUUUACUUGAGUAGAAGUAAAUAUUAUUUAUGAGGUUGAAGUGAAGAGAUAUAAAAAAUAUAUAUCUGAUGUAAGAAAAGCUGACUCAAUCUCUGUCUAAAUGUAUCAGAUACUAUGGUGGAUGUUAAAUUUACUCUUUUUAAAAUCAAAACCACCCAUGAUCACUUCUGUUGAUGUGAGUCUUGUAAUCAGUUCAAUAAUACAUGUUUGUUCAUCAAGCAGUU